ACCUUGAGCCUGAAUGGUUGGAUGGUGUGCAGAAAAAUGGGGAAUUAUUUUAUUUAGAAUUGAGUGAAAGUGAAGAAGAAACUCUGCUUCAGAACAGCUGUCCAGAAAUGCCAGCAGUGAAUCAUGUCAGGUUUCGUGAAAAUGAAGCUGAAGUUAUUCAAGAGGGAUCACGAAAAGAAAGAAAGUAUGAACUGAAGAAAUUGACCAAACUAUUAAAAAAGAAGAAUCUUUUACCAAAGCAUUCUGGUAAGAAAGGCAGUGGAAGCUGUAAUGUGCUCUCCACUGGUCCUACUUCCAUACUGAAACACCAAUCCGCUCAGAAAAUGGGUGUCACUGUUCAGCAAAAAUACAAAGAUGUAUAUGUUUAUGUAAAUCCCAGAAAACUGUACAGUGCUGGAGAAGAUGAGCAGCACAGGCUGCUGGAGGCCUUAGUAGGGAUUGUCCAUCAGUCUUCAUGGAGCAGCAGAAGAGCAGAAAAACAAGGCAGGAAGGAUAAAGUCAUCAGAGGGAUUGGUGAAGAGAAGCUUGUAGUACAUGGCUUGGUGCCAGGUAGUUCAGCAAUGAAAACAGGUCAAAUCUUGAUCGGAGAUGCUCUAGUUGCUGUAAAUGAUGUUGAUGUGAAUUCUGAAAACAUAGAAAGGGUUUUGUCUUGCAUUCCAGGUCCUAUGCAGGUUAAACUUACAUUUGAAAUGUCAAUAUUUGAGCCUGAAGGAACUUCUCAGCAAAGGUAUAAACGGGCACAGUCAAGUAUGAACAAUCUGGUUCGGCUCUUGUGGGGAGAAGAUAAUAUGGACCUUCAACAGGCUAUACAAGAUGUGCCUCAUAUUGUUAUGUUCCUCACACUGAAACUGGACUCUGAAACAUCUAAGGAUGAGCAAGAAAUUCUUUAUCAGUACCCCAUAUCAGAAGCAUCCCAAAAACUGAAAAGUGUGAGAGGAAUAUUUCUCACACUAUCUGACAUACUGGAAAGUGUUACUGGUACCCAGAUUAUCAGUUCCUCCCUUUUCUUAUGCGGAAAACUGGUUCAAGUUGUUUACUGGAAAGAAUCUGACAAGUUGCUUGUAAUUGGCCUUCCUGAAGAAAAUGUGCCACUUCCUCAGCUGAGGAACAUGAUUGAAGAUGUUGUCAGGACCUUGAAAUUUAUGUACAGUUCUUUAGACAGUGCUUUUUGCCAGGUGGAAAAUGUUUCUCGCCUGGACCAUUUUUUCAACCUGUUCUUCCAGCGUGCGCUUCAGCCUGCAAGACUCAAGUCAAAUGCCAGCCCCAGUGCUCAGCACUAUGAUACCUGCAGUGCGUUAUUCUUAGACAGUCUCCCAGGCUUGCGCUGGCUGACGUUGCCUCAGGAAAUCAAGAUGGAAAUUGACACAGCACUAAGUGAUCUGGAAGCAGCUGACUUUGCAGAGCUGUCUGAAGAUUAUUACGAUAUGAGAAGAUUAUAUAUGAUUAUGGGCUCUUGUCUCUUCUACAAGGGUUACUUGAUUGGUAAUCACUUGCCAAAGGAAGAUCUUAUUGAUAUAGGUUUAUAUUGUCGGCACUAUUGUCUGUUACCCUUGGCAGCAGAACAGAAGAUUGGUCAGUUAGUGAUAUGGCGGGAAGUAUUUCCUCAUCAUCAUAUCCAGCCAUGUGAAGUUUCAAGUUUUACAGGAUACAGGGAACCUGAAGCAAGAUACUUUUUACUGAUAGUUGGCUUGAGACACUUUAUGCUGUGUGUCCUGCUAGAGGCAGGAGGCUGUGCAUCAAAAGCUAUUGGGAAUCCAGGACCAGACUGUAUAUAUGUAGAUCAGGUCAAAGCCACUAUACUUCAACUGGAAGGAAUAGAUACCAGCAUAGAGGAAAGGCUAGAUUCUCCUUCCAUUCCACCUUUAUCUUGUGCUGACUGGUUCCUUCCUGCAACAUGUGACAAACUGGAGAGCUCGACCACCUCACCCGUCCUAAGUAAGCUACAAAAUACUUCCAAAUCAGUAACCACUUCAGCAAGCAAAAGGACCCUGUUUGGUGACUCUUCCUUAACAACACGUAAGCCGAGCCCUACAAGGAACAGUGGAGGACCUGACCACGGUAAUGAAGGUCCUGCGGAAGACGAAAGCAGUAAUCCACAAUCUGUAGUGGAUCAGGUCACUAGAAAAAAACAUACCCUACCAAAUCCAUUUCACUUAGGAAACCUGAAAAAGAACCUUUCAGAGAAAGAUACAGAACUUCUUAACGCUAUCAAGUUGACAUCUGGUCCUGAGAAUACCCUCUUCCACUAUCUAUCUUUGGAAACGAUGCAAGGAAUCUUUAUUACCCCAACUCACAAAGAAGUAGCACAGCUCGGUGGCUCCAUCCACCCUCAGUUAAUUGAGAAUUUCUAUCGUUGCUGUCUUUCAAUUCGUUCUAUUUUUCAGCAGUCCAUGAGGAAAGAAAAGAAGAAAAAAGCAGGCAGCGGGAUUUCAGAAUUUAGUCAGGCAGCUGAGGACCUAGAUCUGGUAAGAGAGCAUGGAGUUUUGUUUGAGUGCUCUCCUGAUAACUGGACCGAUCAGAAGAAACCACCACCAACAAUGAAUUACUGGGUUGUGGGGAGACUCAUUCUACAUCCAAAACCUCAGGAGUGUUAUGUCUGUUUUCAUGACUCAGUCACAGAAGCCGCUGUUGAACUGGCCUUUAAACUCUCCUUCGGCUUAGCUACAUAG